CGCUGCUCAGACCUCUGCUGCGAAGUACAUUAAGGUUUGCCGUGGGGAAAAAAAAAUCAACUUAAUUCAGUCUCUUCCUACUUCCAAAGAUAAAUUAAAAGCAAACAUGGAUCGCCUGCUUUGAGUUACUGAUCCUCAAAAAUGUAUCGACACAUUUGGACUCAAGAUUUUUACUCUUCUAAGCACACGUAAGUAAACACGCCAUGCUUUGGUGUUCCUGCUAUAGCGAUACUUCACAUGGACUCUGGAACACGACGGCAAGGUGAAGAUUUGUGAGGUAAAGGCUUUGCUUACUUGGAGGGAGUGUAGGUAACACAUUUCAUAUAUGUUUUGAACUGCUUCGAAACGGUUUCAUGAGUUUCGAAAUAAAUUAUUGUUGAUCUACGUCAUAGUAAUGAAUAAAUCAUGCCCUUCCCCCCCUCACCGGCCAACACCCCUCCAAUCACAUGCACUACGCCUGGCGGUGAGGUGACGGGAGGCCGAGGGUGAUGCGUCUGCGCUCUCUGACCCGAAAAUGAUGGGAUCCUGAGGGUUGUUGGAGCUUCUGUUGAGACAGCCGGUUCAGUAUUGGCCUGGCAGCAGUGAGCGGCGGGUGCUUGGUGGUCGAGCGCGAGGGCAGCUCUCCUCCCUUCCUUCGAUAACGUGUGUUGUGUUCUUGCCGGGAUGAGUCGUGGCGGCUGAACAUCACAACUUCCGGAGUGCGAGAAGGAAGGAGAACCAUGGAAAGUAGACGUAUGAAGUUGUGAUUAAGUUGUGUUGUACUAUAUCAAACUUCCUCGCUCGGUGGUGCGGCGACACCAAGACACAGGAACGGGAGUUUGUGAGUGUUAAUGAUCCUGCACGGACCCCGGCGAGGAGCGAUGGGCGAGUGUUGCAGUGACGGCGUGGCAGCGGCGGUCAUGGUGGUGGUGGUGUCCAUGGUAGUGGUGGUGGUGUCGGCGGGGAUGGUGGUGGCCCCAGGACCCCAAAGAGGCCAAGAUGCUAGACCAGCUCCUGAAAGCAUCCUGUCCCGCUACCCCGGCCAGGACGAAUUCAGAAGUCCUACACGCACGGUUUGGGCCAUCGAGGGAGAGUCCUGCCUCCUUCCAUGUGACCUGACCUCCUCACAAGCUGGUGGCCGCGCUCUCCUCGUCCUCUGGUACAAGGAAGGAAUCACCAGCACACUAUAUAGUUACGACGUGCGAGGGGUCCCGGCCAAACACUACAGCAACCCUCAGCACUUCGACACGAGAGCAACCUUCGACACUGCCUCGCUCAUCGUCAAGAGAGUAAGAAUAGAGGACGCUGGAGUGUAUAGUUGUCGAGUUCACUUCAACACAGGCCCUUCCCUCACCUAUACUACCAACCUCACUGUUAUUGUGCCUCCGCGUCGCCUUGCAAUCUAUGAUGACCUUGGGUGUUGGUCGGGCGGCGUGGGUCCCCUGCGAGAAGGCGACACACUCCGUCUCACCUGCAGGGCUCGAGGUGGCUCCCCGCCCCCUACCGUCACCUGGUGGGAGGCUGCCACGCCCCUAGAUCUUAACAUGGAAGUGCAGGAUAUCCAAGAGGUCAAUAAUUUACUGGUAGUGCCGAAGCUAAGCCGAAAUGAUCUCCACCGUACUUUUGUUUGUCAAGCUUCUAACUCUAACUUGACAGCGCCUCUGCUCUCGACCGUCACUCUUGAUAUGAAUUUCUCGCCUCUGUGGAUUCAUUUGCUGAGUAGCCGGGAUCCGAUGAGCGCCGGGUGGCCCUACGCGGUGGUCUGCAACUCAGCGGGGUCACGGCCUCCAGCUAUCGUCACCUGGCAGCUGGGCAACACCACACUCACCUCACACACGGAGAAGGUUAGUGAUGACGGGAACGUGACGACCAGUGAGUUACGCUGGACGCCGAGUGUUCAGGAUGUGGGGAAGGUGCUGUCCUGCCAAGCGAAAUCCCCAGCUGUACCUUACCCAAUACUGAAGGACGAAUGGAAGCUGAAUAUCUACUAUGUGCCUGUCGUGUCCUUGGCGGCAGGUCGUACAAUAGACAUGGAUGACAUAGAAGAGGACGACGAUGUGUACUUUGAAUGCUUCGUCAAGGCAAACCCGAGGACUUACAAGAUGGUUUGGCUACACGAGUCUGAGGAGCUGCGCCACAACCCUUCGCGUGGCGUCCUCAUCAGCAACCAAACCCUCGUCCUGCAACACGUGACCAGAGCGUCGUCAGGGAACUACUACUGCGUCGCCUCCAAUAUUCAGGGGGACGGUCACUCCAAUCCACUACGUCUGAAGGUUAAGUACGCGCCUCUUUGCACCAACACGCAUCCGGUCUACCACGGCGCCGCCAGGUACGAGCAGGUGAACAUCCCGUGCCAGGUGGAGGCAUACCCAGAGCCACACGCCUUCAAGUGGACCUUCAACAACAGCGGCGAGAGUAUUGACAUAAGUGAGGAACAUGUGUUGGUGGAAGGCGCCCGCUCCACUGUGAGCUACACGGCCAACACGGAGCUGGACUACGGCACGCUACUCUGCUGGGGCGUCAACUCUGUGGGCCAGCAACGGAAGCCUUGUGUCUUUCAUGUUUUCCCAGCGGGCCAUCCUGACCCUGUGCACAACUGUUCCAUGUUCAACCUAUCCAUGUCCAAAGUCAACGUGCGCUGCGUGGCGGGCUUCGAUGGGGGACUACCGCAGGAUUUUUUGCUGCAACUGCGGUACCACGGCCAGAAGCGAGUGUUGGCCAACGUGACGAGCAAGGUGCCAAGGUUCUCCGUGACCGGCAUUCCACCAGGGCGGGUGCUGGUGGGGGCAGUUUGGGCGUACAACAACAAGGGGCGCGGGGAGCCGGUCACCAUCCGACUCUUCACGCUGAAGGAUCAAGCCGAGAAGCGGACAGCGGCCGUGAAACCCUCCCCUCCCUCGGACCCUCCCCCGGGACCCCUGGCCGUGCAGCCUCUGGUGGCGGUGGUGUCUGGGGCUGUUGGAGGUGUCGUGGUGGUAAUAUUAGUGGUGCUGGUGACUGUGAGGUUGUGCCACGGACGGUUGGGCCGCCCAGACCCCAGGCGACAGGCUGCAGCAGACGCCGCCGUGCCUAGUGCCACCCCCUCACCCCCCACAGGGAAAGACUCGGCAGCGUGGGUAGUGGGCGGCGUCCGUACAAUCAGCUGUCCCUCCCUGGCCGCUCCAUACACGCCCAUUCCAGGCACGCCGCGCCCUUCGCCCGAGCAGGUGUACCAGUACGGCUAUGGCGCAAAGGUGGAGUCGUGUGCUGCCCUGGCGCUCAGUGGAUCCGUGCCUCACCUGCUACCUCGGCCUCACAAGGAACACGAAGAGGAGCACAGCGUCAUUCCUCAUCCACCCUUCCCACCACACCAUUCUGGGUCUGACAGCUCGAGGGGGAGAGGAAUAAAGCGCCACGAUCCCGCCAGAAGGUCGCUUCCGUCUGUAAGAUUAGAAGCUCCGCCAGAGGAUAGAAAGACGACACUCUUGUUUACACCAGGACACGAGAGUUCCGUAUGAGACUCUACCGACUUGAAACUUGCGUCAGUCGUCAAGUUUCACAACCGUUUCUACACUGAAGACGCUUCGUUCAAGAAGGCGUGAGGGGACAACCCGCCACGAGUCAGCCUCCAAGAUGUGCUGCUGUAAAUGUUAAUGUUCCCAGUUUUAGACGGGAAGACAAACUAAGAUGUACUUUGAUAUGUUUCUCAUAAAGUAUCCAUUUUUGUAACGUGUGUCCAACGGAGUGGAGAGCGGUGUGUGUGUGUGUGUGUGUGUGUGUGUGUGUGUGUGUGUGUGUGUGUAUGUGUGUGUUUGUGGGUUUGUGGUUCGGGCAAAAGAGCAAUUUUGCAUACAAAUUUAAAUAACUAAGUCAAUUUCAACUUUUCCCAUCAUAUCACUUUGGUUUUUAAAAUAUCGAAUGACUAAGUCAGAGAUAUUUGUUUGCUUCGCAGUAUAUUUCCUUUUCUAUAAUCCACGCAUGAAACAUUCUGGUCGCUUUUGUGUUUUUAAAUAUUUCAUACUUUUCAAAUCAUUGCGGUACCUGCCUAUCCCUUUAUAGGCCGUGCAUUUUGUAUACCUUACUGCAGCGAUAACUGAGUAACUGAUAAGCACCAGGCAAAGCGAUCUCACUCACUGCUGCGGGAGAUAACAAACGUUGCCCCGACUGAAUAGAGAAGCCAGUGAUAUGACCAGACUUUUUGUGUGACGGAGGGGGGAGAGAGGGACACACGCUGCACGGUUGUACGAUCCCGUCUGUGGUGCGCUGAUAGUAUUUCUGUGACGAUUUAAUUAACAACAGAUACUCAACAGUUAAUAAGAAGCCACAUUUCCGUUCUAAUUUCCGGAUCAUUUUGAGAGAUCCGGAAAUGGUAUUAAAAAUUGCUCGUUUCCUGAUCUGUAUA